AUGGGAACCCUGGAAACCUCCAGGGAUCAAAAGUCAGGACCACCGUGCUGGAUCGGUGGGACUGCGGCAAAACUUCUAGUCAGGUUAGCUUAUUUGGACUUGACGGCCGCGACAAACCUUCUGAAUAGUCGCGUCCGCCAAGUUCCAACAGAACAGAGCAGGAAAGCUAUGUCAUAUCAAGGAGGCCCCGCGCCUGAUAAUGGCAAUGGCUAUUGGGCUAGCCAUGGCCAUGGCCCUCCGAAUCCAUAUAACGCACAUGAUCCGCGAGCCCGGCAGGGAGGGUCAUAUGGGGCGCAACCUCACUAUGCAGCGCCAGUCAACCCCGGGCAUACUGGUGGAAAUGGACAGCAUUGGAACCAGAACGGACAGCAGCAAUAUAUGAACCCAAACCAGAUGAAUCAUAAUGUUUCUUAUGCGCCAGCGCCUCCUCCGCAACAGUACCAACCCGCUCCUGCUCCUGCUCCUCCCCAAUACAUCUCCCCCGCCCAGCUUCUCCAACAGCAACCACUUCAACCUCGAAUGCCACAACCAUAUCAGCGAGCACCAGACCUCUCCAACGGCCGGAAUAUCCUGGACCCAGUUUAUAGUAUCCCAGCCAGAAACUCCUCCUCGUUUUCCGACCCCACGCGCGAUAUGGCCAUGCUUUUAAUUUCCUUGGCGGAGGAGUACUUCGACUCGGCUCACACCCUGGCGCCGUCCGUAAUGUUCUCAAUGACGGAUGCCGACAUUAAUACAUACACGAAAUUGAUUGCCACUGGGCUCGGGUGCUUGGAAACAGCCCUGAAAAACGUCAAGCUGCCUCCCAGGUUGGAAGCAAAUAUACGGUUACGGUAUGCAGGUGUGCUGUAUGAAGAGACGGACAACUAUAUGGAAGGAGAAACGGCGUUGAGCAAAGGCAUUGCACUUUGUGAAAGAAACCACUACUACGAUCUUAAGUAUGCGAUGCAAUUCCUCCUUGCGCAGUUCAUGGCCAAGAAGAACCCAAAGGCUUCUAUGAAGGCUUUGGAUGGUCAUGUCUCGGAAUCGGAAGCUUACCAACACUAUCCUUGGGUGUACGUAUUUCGACUUCUCAGAGCCUCCCACUCACUAGUUUCCGGGAUUGCGUCUGAGAACCACGCGGCAAUCCAUAACCUGACAGCUGUCACUGAUCUCGCUGAACGACAAGGUGACCAUGCUAUUCAUCUCAUCGCGUCACUCAUGAAGGCAAUCGCACACAUGAAAAAGACCGGCCCGGAGGCUAUGGAGAAUAUUCAAGCUUCGAUAGCUGCUGCGUGGAGAUACCAAACCGAGACUAGUUGCAACAUACCCCAAUUGGUUGGCCUCACGCACAUUCUCGCCGUAGCAUGCAGCAUCAGAGAAGGGAACUCAAAGACCAUGGUUGCAGACCUGAAGAACAUGCAACUGAUGAUGGAUGCUGCGCUCAAAAACCCAGCAUGGAGCACCACAAGCGAUGUCAUUGUAAUCCCUAUCAAGAGGACCCCGAAGAGCUCACAGAUUGUCAGCUCUGACACCCGGAUGGUACUGGGAAUUGGAGAAGACGGCGGUGACAACCUCAUGAUGUGUUUCUUAAACAAAAAGGACACUUAUUCCAUCACCUACCUUCUGUCUGGCAUAGUUCUGCUACACAAGAAUUCUGCUGACCAGAAAGGGUUCAAAUACCUGAAAGCCGGCCUAGACUUGUUAGAAGGGGAUAUUAAAGUUGUAAAGAAGCCGCCUGGUCUGUUGCCUGAUCUGAUAUCUCAGCGACAAUGGCGUGGGCAGAUAUUAUGCUACUUCCGCGUUUACAUGGCAUUCUGUUCCGCUGGGGUUGGAGACUGGUCCGAGACCAAGCGAUACAUCGACGAACUGAAGACAACGUCCAUAAAUUUCAACAUGUCAUCAACUGAGCCACUCGAGACUCUGGCGAUGUACAUGACUGCAGUUUACCAUCAAGGUGUCGGGAAUCUUGACCUAGCACUGGAUUUCUUCCAGGACCCAAAAUUUGCCUUGCCUGCGGCCAAAAACUCUAUCGUCACAUCGGUGGAUCAACUAUAUCGGGACAUCUGUCUUCUCGCUGCACUCAAUACUCUCUGGAUUCUGCAAGAGCGUCCUCGACAGGAUACCAGCAGGAAUACGGUAUUGAUAGAGAAGCUGAAGCCCUUUUGUGAGAACAAUCCAAACCAGGACAUUCGGACAGCGUUCAACCUUGUCGUUGCAACAGUACCAACAAACCCCCCGGCCCAUAUGUACGAUGUCAAAGGUUAUCUGCGUGCUGCAUUACAAGGAGCCUCAGCUACUGCCAAUACACAAUUUCUAUGCAUCACGUUAAAUGUGAUGUGCAGUCGAUUCUUCUCGAACGUUGUGGGGGACCAGGCCGAGAAGAGUGCUAUGGCCGCAUCAACGCAAGCAAUGAACAGUGGAAAUGUUCUUUGGAGGAGCGUAGCUGAUGGUAUGUUGGCCCAAUGCUACGAGGUACAGGGCAAGAAUGUGCUGGCGCAAGAAACGCUAGCGCAGGCUCAACUCUUCGCACAGCAGGCAGCGCCAUCUUCAUCGACUUCUUUGUCUUGAAACCGGGUCAAAUAUGUACAAUAGUUAAGGUUGCAUUUUCGGUGCAUCGCGGUCUGAGAUGCGGAUUCGGACAGGCUGGCUGGAUGUUUGGCGCAAUUUAUACCCAUUUGCUUGCUUGUCGCUUCUGAAGUGGUGCAUGGCGUAGCAAGGUGUACUAUCAAGGAAUUGAGACGAUUUUGACUUUGCGGACUGCAAUGGGCGCCGUGUUUGUCAAUCCCAAUCAGAACUCAGAACAAAUGUCUAUUGCACUUACCCUCUCCGUAAA